CACACACAUGCACAGUGUUCUACUUCCAACAAGCUGCAGCUUGUAUGUCAUAUCAAACCUUGUGUAUUUUUACUAAUCCUUUUCAAAGGCGGUUAGAUGUGUGAUAUUUUGGGGUCUGCUGGCCUGAUUCCUGCUCCUCAACUCACUGAGCUGAGCAGUUAACCACUUUCUACAGGAAGUCGAGUUGUGGAUUUCGCCUCCUCCCAGUCGGCUUCUGUGUGACUCUUGCCCGGAGCUUUCUCCCACCGACUGAAGCGAAGUCAGAGGCGGCCCGAGGGCCACUCACUGCUCGGAUACUGUGAGACACGGAAUGAGAUGAGAACAGACAUAGGUGGUGGAAAGCCUGCCUUUUUUGUUUGGGAGCCGCAGAUUGUGUGUUUUCAUGGUGCAGUGUAGGAGUUUGCAUGAAGUGUAAUUCAUAUUUCUCUCUAAACAUCGACGGUUUGUCGCGAAGUGAAAGAAAGGAGUGCGAAGUGUGAAAAUGUCCACGUUACAGCACGGUGACUUCCUCACGAUUUCAAGAAAUUAAUCUGUUGUUUUUCAAAGCUGUUCUCGAUUUAGAGUUUUGUUCACAUUACAAUUUUCUAAUGAACAAAAUACGAGGCCGUUAAAGUCGUCAUCUCCCGUGUCUUUUCUCGUUUUUGGUUAUCGAUUUCUAAGAAUUUAAAUAAUUUCCAGUUCCUUAUUGUAUUAUUGUUCUAGCAAGGGGAAACUACCAUAUAGCAUACACGUUUAUUCAAAGUAUGUUCAUAGCGUUCUCAAAUGUCCUCGCAUAUGUACAACGUUGAUUGCUUUAAUCAUUUGUCCCUUUUUCGGUCGCUGCGGAAGGAGGAAUAUUUACUGUAUUACUGUUUCAAUGUAUAAAUGUGACUUUUAAAACCGUCUUUUCAUUUUUUAUUCCUCCGAGCAGACUGGAAAUUAGACAGGAACCCACAGGCCCAAAGAGGUGAGUCUCCUACGCGUAAAAUGCACGUGAGGUUUGGCAGCUGUAAUGGCCAACGGCUCCACUGUGGUGGGAAAGCCCGGCUCAUCCACAGUCAGGGGGGGAGGCCUGAGAGCCACACCGUCGGCACGUCUCCCUAACCACUCUGCUGCGUAGCCCAGCUGUAAAAAUAGAUAGGAAAAGAUCGUCCUAGAUAUGCACUAGCGCACACGCACGCACGCGCACACGCACACACACACACACACACACACACACACAUUAGACGUAACAAGCGCACACCUUUUUGUUGGUAUGUGGCAUUUGUGGGGACGGCCUCACUUACAUAGGAAAGAGAAAUGAGACAAAGAUAUGAAACCAAAGAUUCAACUGACAUUGAGAGAACAGGUACGUACCCAGCGAGCUGCCUUUUGUUCAGAGGAGCCAUUGUGGUCAAAUUCAACCUUUUGUGACCUUCAUCUAACGGGUGGAUUGCAGUGGGCGCCCACCUCCACCAGGUGGCAUUAGAUGCACGAAGAAGGCAGAAAGGCUUCGGCCCUGAGGUAAAUAAAGAAGGGCUUUGAUCUGAAGACAAAGAUUAUUCCGAAUAAAUGUGAGAAACACUUGUACACAACUGACCUACUGCAUGUACUCAAAAGUACCUUUUGAACUCAUUACAGCGAAAUCCAUGCCUUUUUGAGAACAUGAAAAUGAAGAGCUGCCACAUAAGAAAAGUAGGUUCAUUUUGAUCCGGGCUUCAUUUAACUAAUUUAACACAAGAAGGCCAUCCCAUCUUGAUUAUUUGUGUUUCCAUUUGUCUAAUGGCUUGUGGCUUAUUCAGACUCUUUUGCAUAAUAGACCUUUUGGGUUGCUUUAGAUUUCUAUGCAAAAUAUAAUGAUAAUGAGGUAUGUAGAGAGCACAAAGGGCGGCUGGUUGGGAACGACUUAGCGAAGUUAUGCUGGUUUCACGUAACCGUAAACCAAAAAUUCUGCAUCAAGCGGAAGUUAUCUUGGUCGUACCGUUCACCCAGAGAGCAUGUUCUUACAUUUCAAAUGAUUUGCAGGGAUUUAAUUGGUUUUUCCCACUCCACGGGCCUUGAAGCCCCUCCCCCUUUCCUCCUCCUCUCCUCAGGUAAGGUGCACAUAGACAACACUGCGAAACCCGAUCAUUCACCUGGGAGCGAGAGAGAGAGAGAAAGAGAGAGGAGGGGCCCCCGGGGGCGGAUGGGGAAAUAAAGGGAGGGGUGGUGGGGGUUGGAUGCAACUCGUAUGCGCUUAUGAAAACCAACAUGUUUGUGUACAUCUCGGUAGAGCUUUCCUGAGCGGCGUCACCUGUGCUCCACACAACAAUGCAGGGGGGUUGUGUGCGUUGUUUCUACGCUGCUGCGUCCGGGUGACUUCGACCACAAAGCCGACAGCUGUGCGAGCGGGAUUCAUUAGUAGUUAAAAAGAGACCAUUUCGUCACUUACUCCUCCGUUGACAGAAGGGGGUCCCGCAGCAGCCGUUCCGCUCGGUUCUCUCCGUCUCCUCUCCUGCAAAGGUCUCCUCCACGGGGCCAUGGCCGAGGAGAGCCUGGAAUCUGGCCUCACAUGGGAGGUGAGGGCCAACAGCCGUCGCUACCACACACGCAGGCAGAAAAAAUCCUUCCGGUGCUUUCGCUGGGGGAGAUACGCGGACAACGUGAUCCGCAGCCACAAGUUCUCCCCGCUGACCUUCCUGCCCCUGACGCUGUUUGAGCAGUUCCAGCGGGUGGCCAACCUCUACUUCCUCCUCAUGGUGGUGUUGCAGUCCGUCCCUGUCAUCUCUUCCAUUCCCUGGUACAUCACCAUCAUCCCGCUGGCCAUCAUCCUCUCUGUGAGGGGAAUGAAAGACCUCGCCAGCGACAUGGCAAGGAGACGCAGCGACGGCGAGAUCAACUCCCGACCCUGUGACGUCCUCGUGUCCCAGAGUUUCAACAGAGCCCAGUGGAGGGAUCUGCAUGUGGGAGACGUGCUGCGGAUCCACAAAAACCAAGUUAUCCCUGCCGACCUCCUCCUCCUGUGCAGUUCAGAACCUCACAGUCUGUGUUACGUGGAGACAGCAGAUAUCGACGGAGAGACCAACCUGAAAUACCGGCAGGCGCUGAGUGCUACACACAGCGAGCUGACGUGUCGGCCCUCACAGGAGACGCUUGCUGCCUUCGAUGGGGUCGUGUUCUGCGAGGAGCCCAACAAUCGCCUCUACGUCUUCAGGGGCCAGCUGCACUGGCGGGGGAAGUGUUUCCUGCUGGAAAAUGAGCACAUCCUCCUGAGGGGAACGGUCCUACGCAACACCGAGUUUGCCUACGGCGUGGCGGUAUACACCGGCGCGGACACCAAGAUCAUGAGGAGCUGCGGCAAGCUGAGAGUGAAGAGGACCCGAACGGAGAGAGGUUUCAACCGAGUGGUGAUGGGGAUCGUUCUGUGCGUGCUGCUCACGGCUGUGCUGCUUGCCAUCGGCGCCGGCGUGUUUUCGAGCUGGGCCGUGAGCCACGCGGGGCCCCUGACCCCUCUGGUGGUCGACGGCAAUCCCGCCUACGCCGGGUUCCUCAUGUUCUGGAGCUACAUCAUCCUGCUCAGCCCGGCCAUGCCCAUUGCGCUCUACAUCUCGUUAGUUUUGAGAGGAGGUCUGAAAUACACCUGUGUGUGUGCGCGCGCGUUCACGUUCUCACUGUGUGUGUGUGUGUGUGUGUGUGUGUCUGCGUGCGCGCUCGUGUCUUCUGUGUGUGUGUGCGCGUGUGUCCACAGGUUUGAGGUGAUCCACUCGGUCCACAGCCUGUUCAUCAACUGGGACUUGGAGAUGUACUGGCAGCCGGCAGACGGACCGGCCCAAGCCAGGAACACCUCACUGAACGAGGAGCUCGGCCAGGUGGGAUACCUGCUGAGUGACAAGACCGGGACGCUGACACAGAACCGUCUGCUCUUCAGACAAUGCUGCAUCGCUGGGGAGAUCUACGGUGAUGCAUCGGUCAGGGCCGAGGAAAUAGAGCCCAUGGACCUGAGCUGGAACCCGUUCUCCCGCGGUGGACUCUUCAUGACGGCCCCCGGCCUGUUGGACAAGCUCCGAGGACGCCAGUGUCCCUUCAGCACGCAGUUCCUCAGAGCGCUGUCCCUGUGUCACACCGUCAUGGCCCAGUGGAAAGAAGAGGCUCCGGUCUACCAGGCCGCGUCCCCAGAUGAGGAGGCGCUCGUCGGGGCAGCCAGGGAGCUGGGCUGGGUCUUCCUCUCCAGAACCAGAGAGUGCGUCGUUGUCUCCGAGCUGGGUGUGACUCGCCAGUAUCAGCUGCUGGCGCUGCUGGACUUCACCAGCAAGAGGAGGCGCAUGUCUGUGCUGGUGCGGGAGCCGGAGGGCGGGUUAAAGCUGUACAGCAAAGGGGCAGACAUCGUGAUCCUGGAGAGACUGCAGAAGGACUCGCCGUACCAGGAAGGCAUUGAAAGAGCCCUGGAGUCGUUUGCCCAGGCCUGUCUGAGGACCCUGUGUGUUGCGGUUCGAUCCGUUCCCGAGGCGUCGUGGGAGCAGUGGAGUAAAACUCUGGGCCAGUCUGCUGCCAUGGCGACCGCGGACCGCGACGCACUCCUGGAAAAGCUGUACGAUGAGAUGGAGAGAGAGCUGCAGCUCAUAGGGGUGACAGCGAUAGAGGAUCGGCUUCAGGAGGGCGUUCCUGAGACCAUUGCACUCCUGAAACAGGCCGGCCUUAAAGUAUGGGUACUGACCGGGGACAAAAAAGAGACCGCUGUUAAUGUCGGGUAUUCUUGCAAGCUCCUGGAUCCUGAGACCAGAUUAGUGGAGUGGCAAGAGCUGAGACAGAUCCUCCAGUCCCCAGACCCGGGGGUGAGUUUCUUCAAGGCCAGACAGACCGAGCUGUGGGCUGUCGACAAGCAGGCGGCUGGGGCAAAGACCGCCCUGGUGCUCACUGGACCCGAGCUGGCGGAGUUUGACCAGAGGCCAGAGUGGGGGGCCGCGUUCAUGAGCCUGGCGGAUCGCUGUCAGUCGGUGCUCUGCUGCCGGGUCACACCCGGACAGAAGGCCGACGUCGUCGCGUUGGUCAAAAAGCACACCGGCGCUGUCACCAUGUCCAUCGGGGACGGUGCCAAUGAUGUAAAUAUGAUCAAAACGGCGCACGUCGGGGUGGGGAUAGCCGGCGUGGAGGGAAGUCAAGCGGUGCAGAACGCCGACUUUGCGCUGUCCCAGUUCCGGUUCCUGCAGAGGCUGCUGCUGGUCCACGGACGCUGGUCCUACCGCCGCAUCUCUCUCUUCCUGCUCUACUUCCUGUUUAAGACCUGUGGCUUUGCUCUCGUGCACGUAUGGUUCGGUUUCUUCAAUGGCUUCAGUGCUCAGUCUCUGUAUGAGACGUGGUUCAUCGCUCUCUACACCGCCUUCUACACGGCCUUCCCGGUCAUGUGCCUGGCCUUCUUUGAACAGGACGCGAGUGCGGCGAGCAGCCUGAAGUGGCCGGAGCUGUACAAGACUGGACAGAGGCAGGAGCUCUCCAGCCCCCUCGUGAUGUCCUCGUCCCUCCUGUACGCUGUCUACACGUCGCUCGUUCUCUUCUUCGUCCCGUUCGGGGUUUACUACGACACGGCGUAUGACUACCAGACAAUGGCGCUCACGGUCGCCUUGGCAGCCAUGCUCACUGCCACCACCGAGAUUGUGCUGCUGACCAGAUACUGGACAAAGUUCAACGUCGUGACUGUGUUGGUCUCUGUGGGGCUGUUCUUCCUCUGUACCAGGAUUACCCAGAGCCCCUUCCUGUUCCAGAGAGCCCCCAAAGACUAUUACUUUAUCGGUGUGUCUGAUAACGCCUUCGUGGAUCCCCUCGUGUGGCUGGCGGCUCUGCUCGCUACUUGGACGGCCGCUUUGCCCUCGGUGGCCGCUCUGGCUCUCAAAGUCGUGCUCGCCAAGCGUGACAAACACAGGGUCCACAGCGCGUCCCGGCACCCGGCGCAGCUGAGUGCCCACUGGAGAAGGGGGGCGCCGCCGCGCCGCUCCUCUCGCGCCCCCGGGCCUCAGGGCGGCGGCCCCGGCGUCCGCAGCACCGUGCCGACGGUGGAUGAGCAGGUGGCGGUGAAAGUGGUGGCCCCGCCCCCCGGCUCGCUAGAAAAUUCACUCUAACACUAAUCGUGGACUAAUGGCGCAUGAAUUGUAACGUAUGAAUGGGAAGCCAUUUUGACAACUUUUAUUUUUGAUGAAAUGGAAUUAAAAAAAAUGAUUGAGAUGAUCAUUGAAUGAUGAGAAAUUUUAGCCUAAAUUGAUCUUUUGUAUUUCUACUUUUUACAAUAAAGUAUAUGAUGUAAUCAAAAAAAAUUGUUUGUAUCCAACAAAACACACCAACAGCACAUCUUUGUUUUACAAUUGUUUUUAUUUGUUAAUUUAUUUCAAAACACGCAAUUUUACCCAUAUUAUCCUUUUAAGUUUUUAUUUUUCUGUAACAAGUUAUUACUCAGAUUUUUUUCCCUUCACAAAAGUCUCAACAAGAGUGAAACUAAAAGUCCUCCACAGGCUCCCCGGCUUCUGCAGUGGGAAGAGGGAAAAGAGGCUCUCUGACCGGACCAGUGGUGAGUGGGUCUAUCCCCUGUGUGUGUGUGUGUGUGUG